AUGCUCAACGAAUUGAACGAAGUAGGGAAAAGAAUAGAACUGCGAAUAAACAGAAAGAAGACACAGUUCAUGAAGAACGCCUACUGCGAGGACGGAGGAGUACAACCUGAUGGCUCAAAAAUCGUGGGAACUUCGUCAUACGUAUACCUCGGACGUUCUAUGAACAUGGAAAACGACUUGAAGGGAGAACUGAAUAGAAGAAUGAGAGCAUCAUGGGCAGCAUUCGCAGUCGUCAGGGAAGCUACGGCCUAUCUUCACAGCUCCGACUUAAGAGGAAUGUCCCGUCUUCGUGACCCAGCAGAAUAUGUAUCGAAAGCAAAACAUGGAUGGGCCGGUUCCAUCAUGAGAAGAAUCGACGAUAGAUGGACUAAAAGAACGCUAGAGUGGAUCCCAAGUGAUACUAAACGCCCUCGAGGGAGACCGCCAACGAGAUGGGGUGACGUGUUCGCUAGACGGAUGGACCAGCUGAGAGCUCAGCUGGAUACGGCUCAAGGACCUCGUCAACGUCACUCACGAAACUUGCGAACAUCUUGGAUGACAAUGGCUAGGGGCCCGCCACGUCCAGUGAAGACGGGCCAUCUAAGUAUCUAA